AAGAGUUGUUUGCGUCCAAAGACGGGGGCGGGGCGGAGGGACGAGAGAGGAAAAUGUCCAACUCCAGCGGAGGCAGCAUGAAGACCAAGUGGAUGAAGGCCUUCAAGUCCCUCAAGACCUCGGAGCCCGCCAGUAGCAAGAUGCCAGCACAGGUCACCUUCAGUCUGCCCCCUACCUCGCCAGCGAAGCGGUACACUUUCUCUAGUACCGUGCUCAGCGUGAUGGCCCACAGCGGACCCCCUGAAGCUACACCAUACGACCAGCGCCUUGCCAGAAAGAACGCGAGGGAGAAGGAGAAGGAGGCGGCGGCCAUGUUUGACACGGCCCACAUCUUCCAGGAGUACACUUACAAGAAGAUCACGGCCUGCGAUGUCUGCCACCAGAUACUGAGAGGUCACUCGCGGCAGGGCCUCAAGUGCCGCAUGUGCAAGACCAACGUCCACGUGGAGUGCCAGGAGCAGGUGGGGAAGUGCCAACCCAAGUCUCGCCUCCUGCGACGCCAGCGGUCCACCUCUGAGAUCGAGUCGAAGCAGCUGGAGGGCGGAGAGGAUGACACGGACCCCAGUGUCAACUUCACCUCUCUAAUCGCCAGCCAGCCUUCAAGGCGAGGCGCUGAGCCUCCAUCUCCCAGUGCGACUACCGAGAUCCAAAUAGGUACUUAGGGUCCUUGUUGGGCAGAUGGAGAUGUCCGCGUCCAAGAUCCCUUGGGGGAGGGUCUUCCUGGGGCCCUGAGGGAGCCCCUAAUUCGUUUUAAAGUUGCGCGCUCUACGCGAGUCUAGUUUAGCCUAUGAAUAUAUUCAGUUAGUUUGGUUUUAGCAUGGUACUCCGUCAGUCUUGUCGUUUAGUUCGUUUGUUUUGUUAUAGAGCGUGUAAAGCGAGCGUGUGGUAGUCCCCUCUUACGUUGUCUGUCGUGGUCCGUGUAUUGUAUAGCUCGUGAGACCUGUUUAGCGUCUUCAUUAACACUCUGAGUUUGUUACGUUGUCCUUCGAUCUCACCUAGAUCAAGUUAGAUUAUGUUUAUUUCAGUAGCGCUUAAAAUAACCUACUGGCGGAGUAUCCUAGAGGGAGACUCGGGACAAAUUCUGUAAAGGAACUUUUAGGCAAGUUGUAUAAACCCAAUUGGCCCAGUCACAGAGCUAAACUAGACUCACCAUGACCUCGGGAGGAGGAACACCUCCCGCUUCGUGUAGUGUACCCUGCAUGCCCUAUACCCUUGGCUGAGCCGAGUCCUUCACCAGUGGCGUCGCCAGUACCAGGAGACCUUGUGAACUAAAACCAACCUUCGCUUGUGAGGUAACAGGAAGGGAGUUAGUCAGAGUAUUCCAACACACACAGCGUAACCACUGCCGUAUAUUGACGAUGCAGAAAUGUAAGGAAGUUGCUACGGCCGUGUGGUUACCUGGUGUGUUUGUUGGGAUAUGCAUAAGGUUAACAUGAGCUAAUCUCAUAGAUGUUUGUAGAGAUAAACGGACCGGUAGUCGAGCCAAGCGUCGAGAGGUUUGGUUUUAUGACACAUGUUCUUCUGCAUAGCAAGAGCGAACGCAUUUUCUGUUUUUAGCACACACUUCAGCAUUUCUCUUAAGUGAUGAUAUCGUUAGCGCUCUUAGGUUUUUUUCGAGAUAGUAAGCCGAAGGUGAAUUUUUAGGUCUUUGUCCUCGAUUUUUUUUCUUUCCUUUUCUUGCAGAGUUUUUGUCCAUGCAGAGCUGAUACAUUUUACUUCAGUGUUGGAGCGUAAGAGAAGCACUGUUAGUGUAGCAUAAAUUGGCCCUUCUGGAGAGCUAUGUGUAUCCCCUAUGAAGAGGCACAUUUUCUUUUCGCCUCGUGUCUAGCGCACCAAAACAUUUUAGACUAGAGUAGGUUGUAGCGGGCGGGGCCGUGUCUUGCGUCCGGGCGUGGCAGCCUGUUUGGGCGCCCGCCCUAACCCAGCGCAGCCUAGGAGACUUGCCCCGUCCAGCAGGCUUCCCGCUGCACUCCCCAGCUACCCUACGUUCCCAGUUCCCCAGUUCUUCUCCCUUUUAGAUACCAGGUUGCUGAAUGCUUUCCUCUUCG